AUGUCAAAAAGACCACCGGGUUCCUAUUUCCGAAACAAAAAGAAGCAAAAAGAAGCAGAAGCCAAAGAACUAGCAACACAAUGGGAGAAAUCUAAAAGUAAAUGGUUCAACGUUAAAAACGAAAUCAAUUCAUUAGAAGAUGGGGCUUCUGAAAUUCAAAAAAUAAAUGAACGUAUUCAAAUUGAAAUUGCUAGUGGUUGUAGUCAAGUUGAACGAACAUCAAAUACCAGUGAAUUGAUUUUCCAAGGAAUACCUGUUGAGUUGGAUGAAAAUAUUUUAGUCGAUCAUGAUUUAUCACAUGGUAUAGUUGAAAAACAAUCACUUGUUGAUGAAGAAAUAAAUGCAAACAUGAUUGAAAGAACAUCAAAUAUCAAUGAAUUUAGUUUUCAAGAAAUACCUGUAGAAACUGUAGAGUUGGAUGAAAAUAUUUUAGUUGAUCAUGAUUUAUCGCAUAAUAUAGUUGAGAAACAAUCACUUGUUGAUGAAGAAAUAAAUGUGUUAAAACCUCCUGAAAUAAUAUUUAAUAAUCCUCAAUCGUGGCCAACCAUAAAUGACAAGUUAAGAUGCAUACUUGUUCAACAUGGCCCAGAUCGUGGAAAAAUGGAACAUAAGCCUUUUAAAAACCAUUGGUUUUACAAAAAAUUACCUAAUGGAGAAAGUGUUGAAAGAUCAUGGAUGAUAUAUUCUCAACCAAAUGACGCAAUUUUUUGCUUUUGUUGUAUAUUAUUUGGUAAACAAUUUACUGCUUUAAGUGAUCCCAAAAGAGGAUUUAUUUUAUCACAUGAAAAAACUGGAAAAGGCUUAGCAAGUGAAAUAUUAACUCAGUUAUCUGAUGAUGAUUUAAAUAUACAAAACUGCAGAGGCCAAGCUUACGAUAAUGGAGCAAAUAUGGCAGGGAAAUAUAAAGGUGUGCAAGCAAAAAUUAUGGAAAAAAAUAGUUUAGCUACUUUCAUACCAUGUACUGCUCAUAGUUUAAAUUUAGCUGGUGUCAACGCUGCAUCAUCAAAUGUUCAAAUGAAAAACUUUUUUGGCAAGAUUCAACAAUUAUUCAAUUUUUUUUCGGGUUCACCUUCUCGUUGGGAAGAAUUGAAAUCAUUGAAACUCACACUUAAACCAUUUUCUGAUACAAGAUGGUCUUCUAAAUCUGUAGCUAUAAAAGCGGUUUUUACACAACUACCCGAAGUAAGAAAUGCCCUUAAUAAUAUAAUUGAAAAAGGUAAUGCUGAAUCAAUAUUUUUGGCUAAAAGUUUAUUAUUAUUCAUUGACUAUGAAUUUAUUUGCUUGUUAUCUAUUUGGAAUGCUAUCCUUUCAAGCAUUGAUCGCGUUAAUGUUUGUCUACAAUCGAAAUCAUUAACAAUAAAUAAAGCUGCAAAUCUAAUUAAAGGAUUAAUUAAUGAAAUCACCGAUUUGCGAAAUAAUAGACUUGAAACAUUAUUCCAAAGUGCUGAAGAAUUAUCUAAAAAAAUGGGUAUUGCAACUGUUUUUCCUCAAAAAAGAAUAAAACGAGUAAAACUAUUGGAUCUUGAAGAAUCUACAGAUGACUGGAAUGCGACUUCAAAAAAAACUUGUAUUAUUAAUUUUAAAAAUCUUAAUCAAGUAUCUUCUGACUUUGGAUUUUUAAAUGGAGCUGACCUCGUUGAAAGAGAUUCAAAUUAUUUAAUUAAAGCUGCUGCCGACCUAGCCAUAAAAUAUGACAACGAUUUAAAACCUUCAGACUUUACUUCGGAAAUAAUUAACUUUAAAAACCUUGCAUUAGGUAUGUUACCUGACCUUAAAAAUCAAACUCCAUUAAAUAUUCUGGAGUUAAUACACGAAUACUCAAUGACUGACAUAUUCCCAAAUAUUUGUAUUGCUAUUCGUUUGUAUCUAACAUUGCCCUGUACUACCGCAUCGUGUGAACGAAGUUUUAGUAAACUAAAAUUAAUAAAAACGUAUUUACGAUCCACGAUGAACCAAAACAGACUUACUAACUUGUCACUUCUGUCAAUCGAAAAAGAGAUCACAAAGACAGUUGAUUUUGAUUCAGUUAUUGAUAAUUUUUCUGCAAUCAAAGCCAGAAAAAUAAAGUUUUAA